UUCCCCAAAACAACCAAACCAACAAUCAAACACCGUCAAUUUUACAAAACUUCCUCUUCCAAAAAAAAAAAAUAAUACAAUUCAAACCCCGGUUUGAAUUCCAACAUCACCAUCACAAGUCCACAACACGCUAACAUCACUCGUUUCGUUUCCCACCGCUCUUUUUAUUCCCCCUCUCAUUCCUUCUCCCAAACCCAAACUCAUUUUUUUAUUCAUCUUUUCUCAACCUCCACCAAUUCCCUAACCCUCCUCAAAAAACCAAAACCCAAACCCUCUUAUCUUCUUUCUAAAUUCCACCCUUCACGUCCUAAUCAAAUCCACCUCUUAUUUCUCGCCAUUUUUCUCUCCUUAUUAUAAUUAUUCUCCUCCUCAAUUAUUCUCCAGCUAUCACUUUUCUUUCUCUUGUUAUCAUUAUUAUCAUGACGAACCCCGUAAUUUGGGGUUUUUCUGCUGCGACGAACAUGGUUUUUACUCCUGUGUGGCUAGUGUUUUUCUUAGGGGUUAUCGUUGGUUGGUUAUGGAAACCGAAUUGGGCUAGCACAGGGAAAGACAAAUUGGCUAGUUCAUUGGCCAAGUCUUUUGAUUUUGCUUCACCUUCUGGUUCUCCUGUAUUUUCCCCUUUGAAAUUCUAUUCUUCUUCUUCUUCUUCUACCUCUGUUAAUUCUUCUAUUACAAUGCAAACCCCAAACCCUGAUUCUUUGGGUAUUCAUAAAGAUAUCAAUAAAAAAGCUUCUUCUUCCUCAACACCAUCCAAAUAUGAUAGUUCCUCCAGUACACCGGAUUCUAGUGAAGAUACUUCGAACGGUGUUACGGUUGAUGAUUUACAUCAUUUGUACAAGCUUGUGGAGGAGAAAGAUGGAGGUCUUCCUUGGAUUCAUAUGAUGGAUCGUUCUACGCCAACUUUGAGUUACCAGGCGUGGCGUAGAGAACCAAAGAAUGGUCCUCCACAGUAUCGAAGCAGUACUAUUUUUGAGGAUGCGACUCCUGAGAUAGUGAGGGAUUUAUUCUGGGAUGAUCAGUUUCGACCGAAGUGGGAUGAUAUGCUUAUUAACUCGACAACGUUAGAAGAGUGCCCUACUACUGGAACCAUGAAAGUGCAUUGGGUUCGAAAGUUCCCCUUCUUCUGUAACGACAGAGACUAUGUUAUCGGACGAAGAAUAUGGGAAUGUGGGAGGUCCUACUAUUGUGUUACAAAGGGGGUAGAUUGUUCUUCAAUCCCAAGACAAGACAAACCCAGACGCGUCGAUGUGUAUUACUCUAGCUGGUGCAUUCGAGCAGUUGAAUCAAAGAGAGGUAAUGGUCAAUUGACAGCAUGUGAAGUUUUACUUUUCCAUCAUGAAGAAAUGGGAAUUCCAUGGGAACUUGCAAAGCUUGGAGUAAGAAAAGGCAUGUGGGGAACAGUACAGAAGAUUGAGCCUGGUUUGCGUGCUUAUCAAGAAGCAAAAGCUUCUGGAGCUCCACUAUCUCGUUCCGCUUUCAUGGCCAGUGUCAACACAAAAAUAAGUCCCGAGUACUUGCAAUCCAUCGGAUCCUCAGACGAUUUAUCUCAAAUCGAAAGUGCAACCACUUCUGACAAACCAAAGGGCGUGAACGUACCAAAGAUGCUAGUCAUUGGCGGUGCUGUUGCUCUUGCUUGUAGUCUUGAUAAGGGGUUGUUGACCAAGUAUCUUUUAUUUGGUGUUGCUAGAAAAUUUGCUAAUAUGGGUAAAAGAUAGUAGAACUAAAGGUGGAACCAAUCUCUUGAAGGGAUUUGGGUGUGUUGUAGUCACAAAUUCACGCAUUCAUGCAGUCAGCGUAUCAGUUGUCGUUGGAUCAAGAUCACGCGUACAGAAAGAAAGUAUUAGCUGUCACUGUUGUGCUGAUUGUGUGGGAUUUGUGACUCUAGGCAAUUCAAAUCCCUCUUGAAGCCAUUGUUUUGGAUGAUCCACAAUAUCCGUUUUAGUUUCCUUAUUAUAUCACCUAAGAAUUAGGAGGCACUUUUUUUGGGUAAAUAAUCUAUAAAAAAAUAAAAUCUAGGGGAAAUGAGAAAAUCUAGGCUUGUUGAUUUGGGAGAAAGGCUAGUAGAUAAUUUUUUAAAACUUUUAUUUAUUUCUUAGAUCAUGAGUUGGUGAAGACCACAGAAUUUCUAAACUUUGUAUGGUUGUAUUGUACAAACCUCUUAGCAAUAAAGAAUAAAGAUGAUCUAUUUUUAUCA